GUGAAAUACAGACAGUAGUAGGUGGUACAAACCCUGCACAGCUGGCUUUACGUGUGUGUAUGUGUAUGUGCGCAGUCACAGGAACGUGUGGGGACGGGAUGGGAGCCUGAGUUUGAGACAAGGCAUAGGGAUGCUUUGGGGUUUUCCUCUCUUCCUCUUGAAACAGCUGAGAUCUUCACAAAAGAGACAUUACAGCGCUGGAUCUUCUCUGGUUGGGCCCAUGCAGUUCAUGCCACGUUCGUGCUUUGUUCAUCAUUCGGCCUGCCCUGGGCUGUCAAUGGCUUCUGUGUGAGAGUCAUCAGCUACUCUGCAGGAGUGUAGAAGAGCACCUCCCUCCUUCUACCUUCCCGCUGCCGACAGCAGGGUCACUGACUGCAGUCUGUCUCGUUCAGUAAGCACUUGGAAACUAUUAAAGCGUACUGGUACUUGACACUGGGAGGAAGGGCAUUUGCUUCACAGGGACUGCAAGCAUGUGGGUGGAAGAAGUAAACAGUCAGUGGAGGUGGUGAGGGGGCAUCCGUCUUCUAUGUGAGGUGAAGAGAGAGUCUGAGGAGACAGCAAGGGUGACUCAGAAAAACUGCGAGGGAAGAGAAAGUUUUUUUUUAAUAGAUGUAAAAUAUCUUUCAAUCCUCUACAUACAACGUUCUGCUUCUGGAUUCUGCCUGCUUUCUUAAAAAUGGAACCAACAGCACAGAGAGAUCUCAAGGGGUUACUAUGAACAAGUGCUAUGAGAAACCACCAAUCUUCCGAAACGCAAGUAUGUCUUUAUUUUGAAAGUUGUUCUUUGAAAUAAUUAAAGAGAGCUCUAUAUCGUAUGAAAGAUUUAUUAUUAACUGUUAUGUUAUCUGUAAUUACUAUCAGUACCUUCUAAUGUAGGAUAUCAGUACCUUCAUUUGGAUCUUCAAGGUUUCCACUGUUUGUUUUUUGUCCUGGAGAAAACCUUGGGUUAACGAUAUGCCAUUUCAGAAGAUGUAUUUCUAGAAGUUCAAGUUGCCAGUCCACCAGUCUGGGAUCGAGGCUGUGUCAAGAUCAUGAAAUUCUUAGUGUUAGUCGCCUUUGUUGGUGUGGCUGUUGCCUUCCCCAUCAGAGAUGAGGAUGAUGACAAGAUUGUGGGAGGCUACAGCUGUGCAAGGAGUGCCGCACCCUACCAGGUGUCUCUGAAUUCUGGAUGUCACUUCUGUGGAGGCUCUCUCAUCAGCAGCCAAUGGGUGCUGUCAGCUGCUCACUGCUACAAGUCUUCCAUUCAAGUGAAGCUUGGGGAAUACAACCUGGCAGCCCAAGACGGCAGCGAGCAGACCAUUAGUUCAUCUAAAGUCAUCCGUCACUCUGGCUACAAUGCCAACACACUGAACAAUGAUACCAUGCUCAUCAAGCUUUCCAAAGCAGCCACACUCAACUCCUACGUCAACACAGUUCCUCUGCCUACCAGCUGUGUGACCGCUGGAACAACGUGCCUGAUCUCUGGAUGGGGCAACACACUCAGCAGCGGCUCUCUGUAUCCAGAUGUCCUGCAGUGCCUGAAUGCCCCUGUACUCUCCUCAAGCCAGUGCAGCAGUGCUUACCCUGGAAGAAUUACCAGUAACAUGAUAUGUAUAGGAUACCUGAAUGGAGGAAAAGACUCCUGCCAGGGGGAUUCCGGUGGUCCAGUAGUCUGCAAUGGUCAGCUUCAGGGUAUUGUUUCCUGGGGCUUUGGAUGUGCACAAAAAGGUUAUCCUGGUGUUUACACUAAGGUUUGCAAUUAUGUUUCCUGGAUUAAAACGACUAUGUCUUCCAAUUGAGACACUCAUUUUACGUGACCUGCUUUUCCUCCUCCUCAUUUCCUUCUGCUUUGGAAUUGGAUGUACACACCUUCACAAAAAAUAAACAUUUUCAGGCAGCCCUUCUUUGUGCAGU